AUGGCUGGAAUGCGCAGGCGGCAUUCCUUGGCCGUCCCGGCGAUGGGCUUGGGUAUUGGCCGGGGCAGCUUGGUGAGUCCUAUCUGAUAUUCUGCCAAAGACUAGACUAGUGCUUGUCUUUAGGCUAUGGCUACAUAUGAGUUGAUUUGAUUGAACAAACAGCAACAGUCAGCUAUGUUGCCUAUGACUAGUAAUUGGCUAUCUACAUUUGAUUUGAUUCACAUUUCAAUGAUUUGUUAUUGUGCCACCUUUUUAAGAACAGAAGUGUAUCAAGAGGAGUUUUCUUGUUGAUACUGCUGGCAAAUAAAUGAAUGCAGGCUAUACAGCAAGGUCCUGAAGAUUAUGAUGUUGGGGAUGAUGAUCUAACCUGGUGUGGCUCCAUGAUCUGUUCACCUCUUCAGCUGAAGAAGUCACGGUUAGGAUGGGUAGACUAUUCCAGUUUUAAUGGUAUUUCCUGGUUGUUCAUUUUAUUCCAAUGUUAUUAGCUAUGGCAUACAUAGGAGCUCAGUUUCUCAUCUUCUUCUCUAGUCUUUAGUUUCUAACACCAUUCCUGCCAUGAUUGGAUCCUGGCUAGUCCUCCCAGUUGUCUGCCCUUCGGACGAUAUCUAUAAGGCUAGCUACCGUGAAUCUGGUCUCAUCAUCUCACAUGGCAUUGCCUCGCCGAAGACCGAAAUAUAAUGCUUCAUGUUCCUUCACUGCCCCCAUUUGACCAUUUUAUGAAUGAGUUCCUCUAUGUGUCUAGACAGUGAGCGGUGUUGUCUGUGUGUCUGCUGACUGUAAUGGUUACAGGCUGCUGAACCAUAUGACUGGGUGUGUGACUGUGUCCUCAGGCUGUCUGUGGCCUAGCUAGCUUAGAGUCAGCUGGUUGACAUUCAGACAGAGGGAACUAGGCCUAAUGAUAUGUCAUCGACAAUAUGUUGUUUGGUUCUAGUUCUUGUUGUGGAAUAGGCCUUUAUCAGAUAUUUUACCUCUCAGCCUCAUCCUAGCUGUCUAUAUGGCCUAGCUAGUAGACAGGAGUCAGCUGUCUGACAUUCACAGGGAACUAUGCCUAUUGGCUUAAUGGGGAAGCCUGACGACUCACACUCAAUUCUUCACCACAUACAGUACUUGAGUCUGAGACUGCCAACAUUGAAGUUGUUUGUGGUGACGAGGGGCAUUGUGCAAAACAAAUUCAUCAGUGAUUGGAUUGUCUCUAACCAAUCAUAGUAUAAAAGCCAAUUAUACAUUUUCAAACCGCCGCUUUACCCACGUAUUCUGGCCCAACCCAUCGGUUUCUGGACCAAUCAGACGGGCCCAAAUGUGUUCACAUUCGGUGAAGGGUCGGGGAGGUACUCCGAUCCAGACUCCUUGCGGAGAAGAAACGAACGUCCGUGGUUGUGGUGCAGUGUUGGCCGGAGAAAGGAGUCUGGGUAGCCAGGCAACUAAUGGGGCAUCGAGUUGAGGGGAAAUGGAUAUGCCAUCGACAACUACACUGCUCAAAAAAAUAAAGGGAACACUUAAACAACACAGCCUAGAUCUGAAUGAAUGAAAUAAUCUUAUUAAAUACUUAUUUCUUUACAUAGUUGAAUGUGCUGACAACAAAAUCACACAAAAAUUAUCAAUGGAAAUCAAAUUUAUCAACCCAUGGAGGUCUGGAUUUGGAGUCACCCUCAAAAUUAAAGUGGAAAACCACACUACAGGCUGAUCCAACUUUGAUGUAAUGUCCUUAAAACAAGUCAAAAUGAGGCUCAGUAGUGUGUGUGGCCUCCACGUGCCUGUAUGACCUCCCUACAACGCCUGGGCAUGCUCCUGAUGAGGUGGCGGAUGGUCUCCUGAGGGAUCUCCUCCCAGACCUGGACUAAAGCAUCCGCCAACUCCUGGACAGUCUGGUGCAGCGUGGCGUUUGUGGAUGGAGCGAGACAUGAUGUCCCAGAUGUGCUCAAUUGGAUUCAGGUCUGGGGAACGGGCAGGCCAGUCCAUAGCAUCAAUGCCUUCCUCUUGCAGGAACUGCUGACACACUCCAGCCACAUGAGGUCUAGCAUUGUCUUGCAUUAGGAGGAACCCAGGGCCAACCGCACCAGCAUAUGGUCUCACAAGGGGUCUGAGGAUCUCAUCUCGGUACCUAAUGGCAGUCAGGCUACCUCUGGCGAGCACAUGGAGGGCUGUGCGGCCCCCCAAAGAAAUGCCACCCCACACCAUGACUGACCCACCGCCAAACCGGUCAUGCUGGAGGAUGUUGCAGGCAGCAGAACGUUCUCCACGGCGUCUCCAGACUCUGUCACGUCUGUCACAUGUGCUCAGUGUGAACCUGCUUUCAUCUGUGAAGAGCACAGGGCGGCAGUGGCGAAUUUGCCAAUCUUGGUGUUCUCUGGCAAAUGCCAAACGUCCUGCACGGUGUUGGGCUGUAAGCACAACCCCCACCUGUGGACGUCGGGCCCUCAUACCACCCUCAUGGAGUCUGUUUCUGACCGUUUGAGCAGACGCAUGCACAUUUGUGGCCUGCUGGAGGUCAUUUUGCAGGGCUCUGGCAGUGCUCCUCCUGCUCCUCCUUGCACAAAGGCGGAGGUAGCAGUCCUGCUGCUGGGUUGUUGCCCUCCUACGGCCUCCUCCACGUCUCCUGAUGUACUGGCCUGUCUCCUGGUAGCGCCUCCAUGCACUGGACACUACGCUGACAGACACAGCAAACCUUCUUGCCACAGCUCGCAUUGAUGUGCCAUCCUGGAUGAGCUGCACUACCUGAGCCACUUGUGUGGGUUGUAGACUCCGUCUCAUGCUACCACUAGGGUGAAAGCACCGCCAGCAUUCAAAAGUGACCAAAACAUCAGCCAGGAAGCAUAGGAACUGAGAAGUGGUCUGUGGUCAUCACCUGCAGAACCACUUCUUUAUUGGGGGUGUCUUGCUAAUUGCUUAUAAUUUCCACCUGUUGUCUAUUCCAUUUGCACAACAGCAUGUGAAAUGUAUUGUCAAUCAGUGUUGCUUCCUAAGUGGACAGUUUGAUUUCACAGAAGUGUGAUUGACUUGGAGUUACAUUGUGUUGUUUAAGUGUUCCCUUUAUUUUUUUGAGCAAUGUAUUAUUCAGUUAAAUUUCACAUUUCAUGGCUUAAAGUCUUAAAGAUGAUAACAACAUCAGUGUUCUUACUGACCACUUGCAGUGGCUCAGUGUACAACAACAGACCUUGCUCUCUGUCCCUCCAACAACCAUCAGCAUACUUUGCUCCACCCUCUAAUGACCCGUUGUGUCCCCCUCUCUCUCCCCCCUCCCCAGCUCUUCAGCAGCCCCCUCCUGAGCAAGAUGAGUGCAGACGGGGGCGGCAAGCCUGCCAAGGUGGGCUCAGUGGUGGAGGUGAUCGGUAAGGGCCAGCGUGGCACCGUGGCUUACGUGGGCGCCACGCUCUUCGCCACGGGCAAGUGGGUGGGCGUGAUCCUUGACGAGCCCAAGGGCAAGAACGACGGCACGGUCCAGGGGAAGAGAUACUUUCACUGCGAUGAGAACUGUGGUAUCUUUGUGCGCCAGUCCCAGGUAAGCUAAGCUUACACGCCACCCGAUAUAGACACUUUAUAUGCACUCUAAUGCAGAUGUACACACACACACACACGCAUAAGGGGAAGAAAAGAUGUCUGAAGGUGAGACAUCAUUUUAGUGGGCAUAAUCUACUUGCAUAGGAACAAUAGUAUUCACAAACACACACUCAGUGGUGGACUGACGUAUUGAGCAUCUCUCUCCCUCUUUAUCUUUGUCAGAUCCAGCUAGUAGAAGAUGGAUCCAGUGGCACCUCUCCAGACACCCCAGAAGCUGCAACUGCCAAGUUCCUGCCCAAGCAGAAAGGUGAGCUGGAUAACAAAGCUUUAUACUGUAAUUUAGGCCUCCUACAAGGUCUGGGCCCCUAUUCAUAAAGUGUCUCAGAGCAGGAGUGCUGAUCUAGGAUCAGUUUUGCCUUUCAAAUCAUUAUUAAUAAGAUUACAUGGACAGAGGGGACCUGAUACUAGAUCAGCACUCAUGCGUUGAGACUGUGAAUACUGGCCCUGGUGCUCAUCUUAGACCACUCAUAAGACUACGCUGUAAAACUUUACAUUGAUGAUAUUAAAAAUGAUUUAUAAAUGUUUUAUAAGUAGUUUAUAAACUAUAAUGAGUUUGUGUUAUAUCUCAAAGUCUUGUUUUUUCCCCCCAGACAUUCCUGAGACUCCGAAAUCAGUCAAACAGGUACAGUAACAAUACAGACAGUAUAUGGCUUGUUUAAAAUGAUUUCCUUCCCUGUGUUGAUUUCUACUCCUCCCUCUCCUCUUCCCCUCCCUCCCCUCUCUCCUUUUUUCAAGUGAUUGACCUCUAUUUCCCCUACUUCUCUCUAUCUCUCUCUAUCCCUCUCUCCUCUCCUAUUCCCCCAAAUACCGUUACAGAUGCCCAUUCCCAAGAAGGUAUAGAUAUUUAAACUAUGCUAAUCUGCCUUGCCCUGGUGCCUGCUUGUCACGUUUUCUUUUUCAACACAUCAGCAUUUUUUUAUUUAGAAUUUGGCUAUUCGGGGUCAUAUUUUUGCUCAACAGUAAUAUAUUUUCUGUAGUUUGUCUUUUGGAGUUUCUACCUCAACUGCUUCACAUGGACAUUUUGUGUCUUCAUUUUUUUCUAUGGUUUCAUGAGACAUUUGGGAGCAUGAUUUCGCAUUUUCAGGCUGUUAGGCUAAUUAUUUCGAUUGCAUUUUUUGGUUAACCUUUCAGAGACAAGUGUAUGCUUGCUUGGGUUGUGAUGCGCCGUGUUUGUGCCUGCACAUCACUUGGGAUUGGAAUUGUACUAAUUUGAUAUACUUCUUAAAAUCAACUUCACCCGCUCAUCUAUUACAGUAUGUCUUCAGAUUUUGAACAUAAUAGUUAUGGUCAGUACAUACUUGCAUAAAGACUUAAGUGGUUAAUCCAGUAACACACAGUAGUAAUCCUGCCUGUAGAGUGAUAUGUGUGUAGACUCAUCUUAACACUGUGUGUUUCGGCUCCUCUCGUAUUGCUAAUUGCUGCCCUCACUUCCUCUGCUGUGGCCUAUGUCUAUCUGUGUGUGUGUCCUCUAUUCUCUCCUCCGCCUCUACCCACCCUCCUCCAGUCCGUAACCUGCCGUAGUACCAAGGUGAGCGUUUGAACAUCAGACAGACAGACAGACAUUCAGUGAGGUAACAGGGGUAACUAAGAGGGAAGAGUUCACCUGUCAUUUUGUAUAUCAUAUGAAAUGAAACAUGGGUUAUAGCUCUUAGAUGUAGAUGGUGUAGGAAUAUAGCAGGUUAUCUACAGUCUAGAAAUUAUGUUUAGUGUGCGAUAUUGCAGCUAGGUCUUCUCUGAUAGUAGCCAAUAUUUAACAUGCAGUAUGUCACACACUCGGUACAUGGAGUAUGUGUAUCUGCAUCGGCCUAACUACAGAAUGUGAGUGUAGUAGAGUGUAUAAAGUUGAUAUAGAGAAUGCCCACAGGAAGAGAGAUUGCAGCAGCAGACAGUUCUUCAAGCCCUAACAGAGUCUACUCUAUCACACACCACAACAGUUGAACACUCCUGGUCGCCUCUCCUACUCCAGCUCCCUCCCCUCCCUCCGCAUGGUACGUUCCUUCCUCAAACCACCUGACCCCCACAGGGACAUACCAACUCAGGUCCUGGAGGGGUGAACUCUGGUCCUUCUGGUCAUUGGUCAAAAUCCCUACAAUAACUGGAAUGACUACAGCAUAUAUAGUUAGUUAUUCAACCAAGUCCCCACAAAAGGAAAACAGUAACUUACUGCUGUAGUUGACCUACCAUCUACGACCAGAGUUCACAAUUUUCCACAUAGUUCAGUUAACCUGUACCAGUUCCUUCAAGGACAGUUGAUACUUUUUAGUGUAGGCCAGAUCAGCACAGGGAGUGGAGACUUAUAUGGCACUGGGUGUGGCAUUCUAUCACCUGUGUGCCAGGGGUGUUGACUCACAAUGACAUGUUCACUUUACCAUGGGUUGACCUGAGUUCACCUGGGUUUGUUCUUCUGUUCUUAGCCUGAGUGCCAGUCUGUUUCUGCUCUCUUGCCAACUCCUUAUAGAUGAAUGACAGCAAUGGAGUUGGUAAGAGCACAAUCAGAUCUAGAACCAGACUAUGUACCUGUCUUCUGGGUGGCAGUCUGUUUCACUAUGAUCACUGGGAUUAACAGGUAAUGGUGCUGUCUCACGGAUGUAAUUUUCUCUUUUACAUGCGUUUACUUUUAUUUCUUGAUUCCUUCCUGUUCUUUUCCUCUCUAUCUUUUCUCCAUCUCUCCCUGCCCCCUCCUCUUCCCGUCCCCAGACCCCCCGAGUCUUAGCCACCCCCGCCUCUGGUCUGUCCAGCUCUCUGUCCAGGGAGGAUGUCAGUGAGGGCAGCCUGUCUUCCAAGGGUGCACUGGGGGCUCCCGUGGUCCCCCUGCCCAGCGGCACUCCCGCCACGCCCGGAGCUCCUCCCCCUGCCACCCCUAGCAAGGUCAGUCCAUAACCCUCCACCCUGGCCAAUCAGAUCAUUACGUAAGGUAGAACACCAAUUCUGGUUCUGGAGAGUUAGUGUGUGUACUGUGUGUAGGCUUUUGUUCUAGAACAUCAAGAAAACACCAUAGUCAAAUAAUCAUUAUGACAUUGAUAAGUUGAUGGAUGUUUUUAGUGCUGGGCUGGAACAAAAGCCUGCAUUACCUGAAGCUCUCCAGAACCAGAGUUGGGGACCACUGAUCUAAGCCCAAGGUAUCACCUCAAUCCAUUGUUUCCUCAUUUGUCAUAUAUACAUCGUCUGUUGACUGUUCCAUCCGUGUUGUCAUUGUAAACAGGCUGAGCCUCCCGUAUCGAAGCAGGUAGGGUAACAGUAUUUGGAUGCAUGCAUAGAUCUGGCCUGGCAUGUUGUUUGACCAACUAACAAGAGUUAACAGGGUGUUUCAGAAGAGCGCUUCUCCACAACCUCACUACUACUGCACUUCCACAAUGUGCCCACAGAGAGCAGAGUUUCCAUCUUUGGUUUCAUGCCAGUGUAAAUGUGUCACUGUAAUGACGGUCCUUGGUGGUGGGAGCAUGUAUUUACGCUGUGUGGUGUGGGGGGUUUUGUAUGCGGGUGCUUUAGACUCUCUCUGAGAUGUCCACUAUCCCCUUUCUCAUGGUUAAAAAUGCCUUUCCCAAUUCAUCACAAAUCAACAUGUAGUGAUUCUCUGUGUGCUCCUCCCUCUUGCCUCUCUCCACUUCCUCUUUAUUCCGUUCUUCCCCCAGGAGGAGGAGUCUCUGCGAGGUCAGGUGAAGGAUCUAGAGGAGAAGCUGGAGACCCUGAUGAUGAAGCGGGCGGAGGACAAGGUCAAGCUGAAGGAGCUGGAGAAAUACAAGAUCCAGCUGGAGCAGCUGCAGGAGUGGAAGACCAAGAUGCAGGAGCAGCAGGCCGACCUCCAGAAACAACUCAAAGAGGCCAAGAAGGUAACGAGUACUAGUACCCACCAUAGAAAUGAAUAAAUCACUUUGAUGACUUAUGGGUACCUGUCCACUUUCCCUAUUAGAUAAGAAACAUUUUCAAUGAACAGUAAAUCAUGAUAUUCUAUUUGACAACAGUUCGUAUUUUUCUUACAGGGUAACUGAUAAGAGGUAACUGAUGUAAUUGUCUUCUAUGUAAAGUGAGAGUACUGAUGAUUUCAACUCCCCUCUUUCAGGAUGCUCGGGAGGCCCUGGAGUCUAAAGACCGCUACAUGGAGGAGAUGUCAGACACGGCGGACGCCAUCGAGAUGGCCACACUGGACAAGGAGAUGGCAGAGGAGCGGUCGGAGAGCCUGCAGGUGGAGGUGGAGUCACUGAAGGAGAAGUUGGAGGAGCUCACCAUGGACCUGGAGAUCAUCAAACAUGAGGUCGAGGAGAAAGGUCAGAAUUCACAGUUAACUCUACAGGGUGAUAGUAUUCAUUGAUUGGUAGUGUGUUGACCUACCCUAAGGGGAAAAAUAAAGACUGAAUUGACCUUAUAGCUAACGUUACCAAAUUUGGAAGCAACACUAUUAUGAUUGUGAGGUUGAGGAGAAAGGUCAGAGGUCACUAGUAGUGUGUUAGUGUAAAAGAUUGCGUCCUUCCUGGACUUUAAUGUCGAUCCCUUUUUACUACAGGGAUUAUUGAGUAGCUACCCAAAUGUGUGUGUGUGUGUGUGUGUAUAUAUACAGUGGGGGAAAAAAGUAUUUAGUCAGCCACCAAUUGUGCAAGUUCUCCCACUAAAAAAGAUGAGAGAGGCCUGUAAUUUUCAUCAUAGGUACACGUCAACUAUGACAGACAAAUUGAGGGGAAAAAAUCCAGAAAAUCACAUUGUAGGAUUUUUUAUGAAUUUAUUUGCUAAUUAUGGUGGAAAAUAAGUAUUUGGUCAAUAACAAAAGUUUCUCAAUACAGGUCAAACGUUUUCUGUAAGUCUUCACAAGGUUUUCACACACUGUUGCUGGUAUUUUGGCCCAUUCCUCCAUGCAGAUCUCCUCUAGAGCAGUGAUGUUUUGGGGCUGUCGCUGGGCAACACGGACUUUCAACUCCCUCCAAAGAUUUUCUAUGGGGUUGAGAACUUGCACAAUUGGUGGCUGACUAAAUACUUUUUUCCCCCACUGUGUGUGUGUGUGUGUGUGUGUGUGUAUAAUUUUUUAAGUAGGAUUUAUCCAGUAUUACUUGGCAAAGUUAAAACGUAACCUAACUGUAUUGCUUCACCAGGUUCUGAUGGAGCUGCCUCCAGUUACCAUGUCAAGCAGCUGGAGGAGCAGAACAGCAGACUGAAAGAGGCUCUGGUCAGGUGAGUGUGUUUAAAAAAACCCACCAAACGCUCCCUUGAACAUGCCUUUUAAUCCAGGAUAAAAUUUAAUCUGUGUCCAGAAAACCAGGCCUUAAUGUUUCCCUUUGGAUUGAGCUUUAACAUAACUAUCUCUCCUCCCAGGAUGCGUGACCUGUCUUCCUCUGAGAAGCAGGAGCAUGUGAAGCUCCAGAAGCAGAUGGAGAAGAAGAAUGGAGAGCUGGAGACGCUGAGGACCCAGAAGGAGAAACUACAGGAGGAGAUGAAGCAGGCUGAGGCCACCAUUGAUGAGCUGAAGGAGCAGGUUAGUCAGCCAGUCAUAUACAGUACCAGUCAAAAGUUUGGACACACCUACUCAAGGGUUUUUCUUUAUUUUUACUAUUUUCUACAUUGUAGAAUAAUAGUGAAGACAUCAAAACUAUGAAAUAACACAUGGAAUCAUGUAGUAACCAAAAAAAAGUGUUAAACAAAUCAAAAUAUAUUUUAUAUUUGAGAUUCUUCAAAGUAGCCACCCUUUGCCUUGAAGACAGCUUUGCACACUCUUGGCGUUCUCUCAACCAGCUUCACCUAGAAUGCUUUUCCAACAGUCUUGAAGGAGUUCCCACAUAUGCUGAGCACUUGUUGGCUGCUUUUCCUUCACUCUGCGGUCCAACUCAUCCCAAACCAUCACAAUUGGGUUGAGGUCGGGUGAUUGUGGAGGCCAGGUCAUCUGAUGCAGCACUCCAUCACUCUCCUUCUUGGUCAAAUAGCCCUUACACAGCCUUGAGGUGUGUUUUGGGUCAUUGUCCUGUUGAAAAACAAAUGAUAGUCCCACUAAGCCCAAACCAGAUGGGAUGGCGUAUCGCUGGAGAAUGCUGUGGUAGCCAUGCUGGUUAAGUGUGCCUUGAAUUCUAAAUAAAUCACAGACAGUGUCACCAGCAAAGCACCAUCACACCUCCUCCUCCAUGCUUCAUGGUUGAAUGCCAAGAGUGUGCAAAGUUGUCAUCAAGGCAAAGGGUGGCUACUUUGAAGAAUCUCAAAUAUAAAAUAUAUUUUGAUUUGUUUAACACUUUUUUUUGGUUACUACAUGAUUCCAUGUGUUAUUUCAUAGUUUUGAUGUCUUCACUAUUAUUCUACAAUGUAGAAAAUAGUAAAAAUAAAGAAAAACCCUUGAAUGAGUAGGUGUGUCCAAACUUUUGACUCGUACUAACUAUAUAUACAGUGAGGGAAAAAAGUAUUUGAUCCCCUGCUGAUUUUGUACGUUUGCCCACUGACAAAGACAUGAUCAGUCUAUAAUUUUAAUGGUAGGUUUAUUUGAACAGUGAGACAGAAUAACAACAACAAAAUCCAGAAAAACGCAUGUAAAAAUGUUAUAAAUUGAUUUGCAUUUUAAUGAGGGAAAUAAGUAUUUGACCCCUCUGCAAAACAUGACUUAGUACUUGGUGGCAAAACCUUUGAUGGCAAUCACAGAGGUCAAACGUUUCUUGUAGUUGGCCACCAGGUUUGCACACAUCUCAGGACGGUGUUGUCCCACUCCUCUUUGCAGAUCUUCUCCAAGUCAUUAAGGUUUCAAGGCUGACGUUUGGCAACUCAAACCUUCAGCUCCCUCCACAGAUUUUCUAUGGGAUUAAGGUCUGGAGACUGGCUAGGCCACUCCAGGACCUUAAUGUGCUUCUUCUUGAGCCACUCCUUUGUUGCCUUGGCCGUGUGUUUUGGGUCAUUGUCAUGCUGGAAUACCCAUCCACAACCCAUUUUCAAUGCCCUGGCUGAGGGAAGGAGGUUCUCACCCAAGAUUUGAUGGUACAUGGCCCCGUCCAUCGUCCCUUUGAUGCGGUGAAGUUGUCCUGUCCCCUUAGCAGAAAAACACCCCCAAAGCAUAAUGUUUCCACCUCCAUGUUUGACGGUGGGGAUGGUGUUCUUGGGGUCAUAGGCAGAAUUCCUCCUCCAAACACAGCGAGUUGAGUUGAUGCCAAAGAGCUCGAUUUUGGUCUCAUCUGACCACAACACUUUCACCCAGUUCUCCUCUGAAUCAUUCAGAUGUUCAUUGGCAAACUUCAGACGGGCCUGUAUAUGUGCUUUCUUGAGCAGGGGGACCUUGCGGGCGCUGCAGGAUUUCAGUCCUUCACGGCGUAGUGUGUUACCAAAUGUUUUCUUGGUGACUAUGGUCCCAGCUGCCUUGAGAUCAUUGACAAGAUCCUCACGUGUAGUUCUGGGCUGAUUCCUCACCGUUCUCAUGAUCAUUGCAACUCCACAAGGUGAGAUCUUGCAUGGAGUCCCAGGCCGAGGGAGAUUGACAGUUCUUUUGUGUUUCUUCCAUUUGCGAAUAAUCACACCAACUGUUGUCACCUUCUCACCAAGCUGCUUGGCGAUGGUCUUGUAGCCCAUUCCAGCCAUUUGUAGGUCUACAAUCUUGUCCCUGACAUCCUUGGAGAGCUCUUUGGUCUUGGCCAUGGUGGAGAGUUUGGAAUCUGAUUGAUUGCUUCUGUGGACGGGUGUUUUUUAUACAGGUAACAAGGUGAGAUUAGGAGCACUCCCUUUAAGAGUGUGCUCCUAAUCUCAGCUCGUUACCUGUAUAAAAGACACCUGGGAGCCAGAAAUCUUUCUGAUUGAUAGGGGGUCAAAUACUUAUUUCCCUCAUUAAAAUGCAAAUCAAUUUAUAACAUUUUUGACAUGCGUUUUUCUGGAUUUUUUGGUUGUUAUUCUGUCUCUCACUGUUCAAAUAAACGUACCAUUAAAAUUAUAGACUGAUCAUUUCUUUGUCAGUGGGCAAACGUACAAAAUCAGCAGUGGAUCAAAUACUUUUUUCCCCUCACUGUAUAUAUAUAUUACAUAAGGUGAUGAAGCAGGUUGAGGCUACCUUACGAACUCAAAGAACAGGUUAGCCAGUUGGUCAUAGAGGUUUCUUAUCUUAUGUGUAGAAGGCAACCUCUACAUAGGUGACAUGGCUGUAUGUAUAUCUUUUUUUGUAUAGCCCUGGGUUGCUUUUAAGAGCUUUGCAACAUACGUAUUUGUAAAAAGUUCUAUAUAAUUUAGAUUUGAUUGUGUUGUGUGUCCUAGGUGGAUGCUGCUCUCGGGGCAGAGGAGAUGGUGGAGACUCUGACUGAGAGGAAUCUGGACCUGGAGGAGAAAGUCAGAGAGCUCAGAGAGACUGUCACAGACCUGGUGAGUUCAAAUCAAUUUACAUUUACAUUUACGUCAUUUAGCAGACGCUCUUAUCCAGAGCGACUUACAUCAAUAACUCUGUCAACCCUGUUACCUUAAUGUCAACCCUGUUACCUUAAUGUCAACCCUGUUACCUUAAUGUCAACCCUGUUACCUUAAUGUCAACCCUGUUACCUUAAUGUCAACCCUGUUACCUUAAUGUCAACCCUGUUACCUUCAUGUCAACCCUGUUACCUUCAUGCCAACCCUGUUACCUUCAUGCCAAUGUAACCCUGUUACCUUAAUAUCAAUUUCAACUCUGUUACUUUGUAUGGUUUAAGUAGUCAGUGAUUUGAGUUCACACACCCAUAUUAACUCUGUUAGGAUGUUUUGAAUAACCAACUCUGUGUCAACGCUAUGCCCCUGAUGUGCGUACACUAUAUUGGCAAGGACACUGUUUUAGAGACAGAGAUACACCCUUUGUGUUAAAACCCUGUCCACUCAAUUCUCACCACACCACCACAUAAGACACCCUACCACCUCUGACCCCUAACCUCUGACCUCUUCCCCCAUUCCAGGAAGCGAUCAACGAGAUGAAUGACGAGCUGCAGGAGAACAGCAGGGAAACGGAGAUGGAGCUGAGAGAGCAGCUGGACCUGAAUGGGGCCAGGGUGAGAGAGGCCCAGAAGAGGGUGGAGGCCGCUCAGGAGACUGUGGCUGACUAUCAGCAGACCAUCAACAAGUACCGCGAGCUCACCACCAGCCUACAGGUAUAGAGUUUGAAUUCAUUGUAGUGUCAUACAACAUGCAAUCGGAAGAAUGACACUUAAAAACACUAACAAGCAUUGUUAAAAGUUUUUAUAAACUAUUCUGUGAACUUGUUUGUCACAGUCAGGGUUUUACUGACAUCCUGAAUACAUCAGCCUUUAGGCAAAAUGGGAAAGGUCUUGAUAGGUGACUGGUUUCUUUUGGUUAUUUGUAUAUAAAUUGUGUGUGUUACUGUGUGUAGGAUACCAACAGGGAGCUGACCAGCGCUCAGAAUGCCAACACAGAGCAGGUCCAACAGCCUCCUGCUGAGCUGUUUGACUUCAAGAUCAAGUUCGCUGAGACCAAGGCCUACGCCAAGGUAAGAAAAUGUCCCACAUACAUCCAGUUUAGUGCAGUGGUUCCCAAACAGUUCCUUUAUGGGGACCACCAGAUCAUCGUUGAAUAUUUUUUUUUCUUUCACAUUAAAUAUUUACCAGUGAAUGUAGGAGUUUAAAGGCCUAUUAUUACAGGAUGUGUGAGAUUGGUAUAUACCAUUACAACCAAAAAAUAAUGUGAUUAUCCUAUCCACGUGUGUCUCUCCAGGCCAUCGAGAUGGAGCUGAGGAAGAUGGAGGUGGGCCAGGCCAACAGACAGGUGUCUCUCCUCACCUCCUUCAUGCCCGACUCUUUCCUGCGUCACGGAGGCGACCACGACUGUAUUCUGGUGCUCUUGCUAAUACCAAGACUCAUCUGCAAGGUAUAGAGGGAGUGUGUGUGUCUGUGUGUGGUAUGGCGCCCGUGCGUGUGUGUGUGUAUUCAAGUUGAUUAGUAAUACAAGCUCAGAAUUUGACGAGGAAUGUGUGUGAGUAUUUAAGGUUUUUACUGUGUGUGUGUUCCUCCCUCCCUGUAGGCUGAGUUGAUCAGUAAGCAGGCCCAAGAGAAGUUUGAUCUGAAUGGUAACCCAGUGGAGAGGACUGGAAUUAAGAUGAGAGGACCACCUGGAGAACAACUCAGCUUCGCCUCUGGACUGGUCUACUCUCUAACCCUGCUGCAGGCCACGCUGCACAAAUACGAACAGUAAGGAGCCGUGUGUGUGUGUGUGUGUCUGGACUGGUCUACUCUCUAACUCUGCUACAGGCCACGCUGCACAAAUACGAACAGUAAGGAGGAUAGAAUCUCACUUGUACUUCUAAGAUAGUAACAGCAUAUUGAACUGGCUGCUUUCUCUCUCUCACCUGCCUGAUCACACUUGUUUUCCUAUGGAGUACAUCUAAUGAUAAUCGAGCAAGGGGAAAUCAAGGAGUGCCAUAUUCUCUAAAAAGCAACUUCUUGUUUUGAAAACGGCAGAUGUGGCAUCGAUAUGAGUCAGAAACAUUUAUUCUAGUGUAAAAAUGGACUACAACGUGUAAAUAGGAUAAUUUUGGUCAUAAAGUCAGUCUCGUCCAAAAUAGAUUUGCGAGGUGAUAGGAAAACAUGUCAUGUCACAGAAUGAAGGGUAACGUUACAGUUUUCCUUGGGUUGGGUUUAUUUCAAUGGUCAAUUUGGUUUGACAUUCGAUAUCCCGAUGGUGGUAGUUGGGGACCAUCAGUAAAUUACACAAUGUACAUUGGACAAUAUUUUAAAAGGUCAAUAGCUCCAAAUUUAAUUGACUUAAAAACCUCAAACCAACUAUAAAUUGUAGAAAUUAAUAUACAAAUAUUGAAAGCAUUUAAUGAGACAACUAAAAUAUUGUAAUUGGUUUAUAUAAUAAUUGGCUUCAGUCAUGACCACUGCAUUUCAUAAUGACCAAACCAGGAAGUUCAGCCCCCCUUUAAUGUGGAAUACAUUUCCUUCUCUCUCCCCUCCCCUCUCCCUCUCAGAGCUCUUAACUGUUGCAGUGUGGAGGUGUAUAAGCGGAUGGGGACUCUCUACUCAGAGAUGAGUGUCCAUGAGCGUUCCCUAGACUUCUUUAUAGAUCUGCUGCACAAAGACCAGCUGGACGAGACUGUACACGUGGAGCCUCUCACCAAGGCCAUCAAGUACUACCAGGUAGGCAACACACACACCACACUUCAUACACACCUUGAACACUCGCGAACAGAGAACACACUCAAUAUAUAACAGACAAUUGACCUCGCACGCUGUACACUCUUGAGAUAGAAUUAGGACCAAGACACACUAUUGCUUCAACGUACCAUUAUUUGGCUAGUUACUUGACCACUCUUGACAGAGAACAUACACCACACGCUCUGUCCACUCAAUGGUGCUCUUUCUCACAACUACACACACCUCGACACUGACAUACUAUCAAGCUUUAAUCAAUGCUAUAAAAAAAAAAAAUAAAAAUAAAUCCAGGGUGAGUAAGGCCUUGUAAAGCCACUCAAUGACUGAUCUGUUUUAUUUUGCAGCAACUGUACAGCAUCCACCUGGCUGAGCAGACUGAGGAUUGCACCGUGCAGCUGGCUGACCACAUCAAGGUACAAACAUCCUUCAUCAACAAAAGCAGUCUUAAACAUUUUUAUUAAGAAAAACAUUAUUUUCUUUAUACAUUUGCUAGAAAGACUAUAUAUAUAUAUAUAUAUAUGUUUUUAAUUCCCUCCCUAACAUUGUAGCCUGUUACAAACAUAAUAUCUUCUCUAAAUUCAGUUAUACCAUUGAACUGAAUUUGACCUCUGACCUUUGUGAACUCUGUGACCUCCAGUUCAUCCAGAGUGCUUUGGACUGUAUGGGUGCUGAGGUGGUGCGUCUCAGGGCGUUCCUGCAGCCGGGGCAGGAGGGGGCUGACCUGAACAUCCUGCUGAAGGACCUAGACACGUCCUGCAGGUCUAAUACAAUACUAAUAUAGAAUUACUAUGUAGGUCUAUUUAUCUCUAUUAUUUAUAUUUCUUAGUGAUUUGCUUCCUGCAGCGACAUCAAACAGUUCUGCAAGAAGAUCAGACGCAGGAUGCCAGGGACCGACGUGCCAGGGGUGCCCGCCGCUCUGGCCUUUGGCGCACCGGUAUGUGCCUAGUGCUAUGCUUAGGUCUUACGUUUAGCCCUGGGCCAAGUGUUUCACAGUAUCUUUGGAGCCCCGAUAUAGACCACAUUUCUUAGGUCUUGCACCUAACCCAAACCCACUGUGCUGGCGUUUGGAGCGCAGGGCCAAGUGUUUUUACAGUAGCUCAUAAAGUACAGUAAUGCAACUCAACUUUGCAUUUGUGGAGGCGGGACUACUGCAUGAUAAUUUGACUGACAGCUCUGUGGACCAAUGGCAGGUGUCAGAGACUCUAACGGACUGCAGGCGUCAGCUGACGCGGGUGGUUGCCGUGCUACAGGAGGUGGCGGCUGCGGGGGCGCAGAUGGUUGCCCCUCUAGGGGAACAGGAGGGGCUCAACACCCUCAAACUGGAGGACGUGGCCUUCAAGGCUGUUGAACAGGUACUGUGACCAUAGACUGAAAUAUAGAUUGAACAUAGACUGAUCGUUGCAUGUUUGUGAUUGACUACAUUGCAGUUGGACUGCACGGAAUCAUUGAUCUAAUAUAAAAACUCACCUUGAGGGCCUCCCGAGUGGCGCAGUGGUCUAAGGCACUGCAUCGCAGAUCUGAGACGCCACUACAGCCUGGGGUUCGAGACACAUGUCUCGACCUUCGCCUCUCCCGAGCUCGUUGGCGAGUUGCAACGAUGAGACAAGAUCGUAACUACCAAUUGGAUAUCACGAAAUUGGGGAGAAAAAUGGGGUGAAAUUACAAUAAAAAUAAAUAACAAAAAAUAUCACCUUGCAUCCCAAAUAACUACUAUGUGAUCUAGAGUAGUGAUUCUGUCUGGCUCAAGCUGACCCCUUCAAACAGGCUGACAGUCUCUGUCUCCCCCUCCUCCAGGUGUAUGGGUCCCAUGGCCUGAACCCCCAUGAGUGUCUGCGUCAGUCCUGCAGCUCUGUCAUCUCCACCAUGAACAAGAUGGCUACCGCCAUGCAGGAGGGAGAGUAUGACGCUGAGAGACCACAGGGAAAGGUACGUAGGGAAUAGGGCUGGGGGAGUAUGACACUAGGUGAGAGGUACGGCUGGAGAAUAAAUGUUUUCUCAUUUUCUAGCCUUUCAAAACUAAGAAUGCUACGUCUGUAACAUGUUUGCCCCUCAUUGAAUUGACACUCACAAGUCAUCCCCUCUUCUUGUUUCUCCCCCCUCACUUCCCCCCUCCCUGCAUAGACUCCCCCGGUAGAGGCUCGUGCGGCGGCCCUCAGGGCAGAGAUCACUGAUUCAGAGGGUCUGGGAGUCAAACUGGAGGACAGAGACACCGUCAUCAAGGAGCUCAAGAAGUCCCUAAAGAUCAAGGUAAGGACAUGUCUCUCUCUCUCUCUCCUUUCUCUCUCAUCCUUGCUCUUUUUCUUAUACACACAAAUUUUUCCCCCUCACAUGCACAUACACUCAUCAUCUCUCACAUUAACCCCCUCACUCUCUCGCUCACUCUCCAUCUCUCUCCCGACUUCCUGUCUCUCAACCCCAGGGAGAGGAGUUGAGUGAGGCCCACGUCCGUCUCAGCCUGCUAGAGAAGAAGCUGGAUACGUCCACUAAAGACGCAGACGAACGCGUGGAGAAGAUCCAGACCAAACUGGAUGAGACCCUGGCCCUGCUCAAGAAGAAGGAGAAGUAAGACUGGGGAAACCUGGUGGCUGUGGGACUAUUAGGGAAGGAUGUUGUAGAAUCAGGACACUUCUGUCUGUGUAUAGUUGUGUUUACAAUGAAUUUUGCCUUCUCCUAUCCUAGUGCCUUUCAGAUCCACAUAUGGGAGAAGUAAAAGAGCAGUAGAGGUGAAGAUGGUAGAUAGUCUGUUUGGUGGAGAGAUGGGAUAUGUUCACCUAAUAGAAGUGUUUUGUAUCGUGGCCUGCUGUAGAGCCAGGAGAGUAGACAUCAUAAUUUUUAAUUCACGUAGUAAAUGUAUUAGUAUUACAUUGAUCAAAUAUUUGUAUAUAACCUACCUUUUUUUUUUCACUCUCCAUCCCUCCAUCCAUUUCUCCCUCCCCAACCCAGGGAGUUUGAGGAGACCAUGGACGCCCUGCAGGCAGACAUCGACCAGCUGGAGGCAGAGAAGGCGGCGCUGAAUCAGCGUCUCUCCAACCAAUCAAAGGUGACCAUCGAGGGCCUCAGGGCCUCGCCUGCCUCUGGGAUCGCAUCCAUCGUCACGGGAACCGCCGGAGGUGAGUCUUUUGAUACCUCACCUCACACGCCUUUAUAACACACCUUAUACCUCUCACAUUAUACAAUCACUCAUACUAUGCACUCAUAUUCCGAUGAAACUGUUUCAGAAGAUGAUGUAAAAUGAUGUAAAAAUCCAUGUAGGGUUAGUUGAAAUCAACUUUUGUCGUGAAUUUGUACUUGUAAAAUUGCCCGAUAGACGAUGUUAUCGCCUCCUAGAGGCCAUCCCCCCCAAAAAUUAAAUCAUCAUGUCAAUUUUAAAAUCGACCCAGGCAACCUCAUGCUAGGGGACAGAGUUCAACAUUGACAAGAGGUAUUAUUGAGCUAAACUUUUUUUAGCACUACUUAUUCCUUCCUACCUACUACUACUACUCUACACUACAUUACUACUACGACUACUUACUACUUAUCUCUCUACCAACUACAACUACAACUACAACUACACACAACUACAACACCACGACCAACUCCUACAACUACCAACACUACAACAACUACAACUCAUUUGUACGAUACGAUACAUGAACGAUUUAUGUUUUAGUUUGAAACGAUUCGGUGCGAUUCGGUUUGAUUAGAGGAACGAAUUGAUGCAAAUGACUAAAUGCGAUUUGGUACGAUGCGGUACAAUUCGAUGCACUAACAUUUGUUGCAUACACACAAACUUUCCAUUCUAAAUUCAAAUCUGCUUCUGAUGGAGCUCAUGUGCUGGGCCUCUCUGAGCUGGAUCUGUCUGAGCUGAUGUUUGUGUGAAUUAUCUAUAUGUCUAUGGUGUAUGUAGGUACAUGAGCUAAGCCAUAAGGGAAACUGGGCAUCUACCACCCCACUAUCAGUUAGGGGGGGGGGGAUGUUAGCUUUUUGACCCCCACACUUUUGAUCUGAAACCACCAUCACCCGCUAAUUCAUUUGUCCUUUUUGCAGAUUAAAAGUGUUAGAGCUAGUAAUGUAUCAACAUUUUAUAUUUAAAAAUGUGGUAUAAUAUAGCCAAUGAAUAUAGAGCACAACUUUGGAUUUCACCCCAUCUCAUAAUUGAAUGGUUUAGACAGUUUAAGUUUUGACAGACUUGGUGAUUGCUGUCCUCGUUAUGAAAUGAUAAACUUUACCCUAAAAGAUACUUAUUUGUUUCAAGCAAAACUACAAAAACUAUUGCUGAUGGUGAACCUGAACAAUUUAAAUGAAAUGUAAUGUAAGCGCCCCUGAUCAGCAUGUGACCCAGAUGAGUUGUCUCUGACGGUAGCUUAGGCUACUUUUAUUCCGGUAAAACACAAUUUUCAACAGCGCAUUUGAUAAAAAUAACCUACCAAAUUACAUUGGUUGUCGCUCAACUAAUAAAGCAUAAUUUUGCGCAAGCUAUUUGACAAACAUUUAAAUGCUGAAGGUGAUGCGCACUUGUGCAAGAUCAGGAAUAGGCCUACCUUUUGUUGGUCAGCGUCCGAAGCUGCGCACAGCGCAGUUUGACUAGGCUACUGAUAUUGCCUGCCUGGGGUUGAUGCAAAAUGACUUGUAAAUCAAUGACUGUCAACACAAUUACAUGCUUAGUUCGACACUGAAGGUGAGAGGUAUUUUCUUAGUUCGACACUGAAGGUGAGAGGUAUUUUCUUAGUUCGACACUGAAGGUGAGAGGUAUUUUCUUAGUUCGACACUGAAGGUGAGAGGUAUUUUCUUAGUUCGACACUGAAGGUGAGAGGUAUUUUCUUAGUUCGAAACUGAAGGUGAGAGGUAUAAGAUGAGAGGUACACUAUAUAUACAAAAGUAUGUGCACACCCCUUCAAAUUAGUGGAUCAACUGGUCAACUGUAAGUGCUGUUAUUGUGAAGUGGAAAUGUCUAGGAGCAACAACGGUUCAGCCGCGAAGUGGUAGGCCACACAAGCUCACAGAACGGGGCUGCCGAGUGCUAAAGUGCGUAGCGCGUAAAAAUUGUCUGUCCUCGGUUGCAACACUUACUACCGAGUUCCAAACUGCCUCUGGAAGCAACGUCAGCGCAAUAACUGUUUGUCGGGAGCUUCAUGAAAUUGGUUUCCGUGGCUGAGCAGCAGCACACAAGCCUCAGAUCACCAUGCGCAAUGCCAAGCGUCGGCUGGAGUGGUGUAAAGCUCGCCGCCAUUGGACUCUGUAGCAGUGGAAACGCGUUCUCUGGAGUGAUGAAUCACGCUUCACCAUCUGGCAGUCCGAUGGAUGAAUCUGGGUUUGGCAGAUGCCAGGAGAACGCUACCUGCCCGAAUACAUAGUGCCAACUGUAAAGUUUGGUGGAGGAGGAAUAAUAGUUUGGGACUGUUUUUCAUGGUUCGGGCUAGGCCCCUUAGUUCCAGUGAAGGGAAUUCUUAACGCUACAGCAUACAAUGACAUUCUAGAACGAUUCUGUGCUUCCAACUUUGUGGCAACAGUUUGGGGAAGUCCCUUUCCUGUUUCAGCAUGACAAUGCCCCCGUGCACAAAGCGAGGUCCAUACAGAAAUGGUUUGUCGAGAUCGGUAUGGAAGAACUUGACUGGCCUGCACAGAGCCCUGACCUCAACCCCAUCAAACACCUUUGGGAUGAAUUGGAACGGUGACCGCGAGCCAGGCCUUAUCGCCCAACAUCAGUGCACUAAUGCUCUGGUGGCUGAAUGGAAGCAAGUCCCUGCAGCAAUAUUCCAACAUCUAGUGGAAAGCCUUCCCAGAAGAGUGGAGGCUGUUAUAGCAGCAAAGGGAGGACCAACUCCAUAUUAAUGCCCAUGAUUUUAGAAUGAGAUGUUCGACGAGCAGGUGUCCACAUUCCUUUGGUCAUGUAGUGUAUUUUUAGAAGGGAGAAAGAAAGACAUUUUAGCAACAAACUAAAAAAGUGAACUGGCGAUUCAUAACGUUUGAAUACAUUUUCUGAAUGAUGCAUGCUACAUCUGGAACGGUUUGGGUUCCUGUGGACCAAUUUAACUCAUAUCUUAGACAUUUUAACCUGGGACCUAUGUGUAUCAGUGAAUCAUUACAUCCCUACCUGUCUGUGUGUGUCGAAGCACGCAAAUGGAGCGAGUGACACACAGUCAACAACACACAGUCAACAGUCGGGUAAUGGGUUGUAAAUCAUCAUGGGCUGCAGAGCAAGCAACUCUUCUGUCCUCAGAACUGGUUAUAAUUAUACAUUUUUGCCUCAUCCUCCUCUCUUAUUAGGCCUAGGCUACUAGACUAUACGUUGUAGGUAAGGUUGCACAUUGCUAGAAAAAUCUGGAAAUAGGCCUAGGCCAACGAUAGCCUACGCAUUGUUUCUUUCAUAAGCUUUUUUUUUUUUGUCUUCUCGUUCGGUUUUUCCAUCUUGUUUGUUCAAUUUCACUUCUUGUGGCCUAAAUAAUUUGUCAUUCAAAAUAAAGCUGUGAUUGAGAAUAGCAUCGGCUCUGACUUUCAUCAUUGUUCCCUUUUUAAAAGCUGCAACUUUAGGACAUUAAACACUUUAUUCGAAUUUUGGGAAAUACACUUCAUAACUGGAAUUUAUCUAUAUGGAUAGGGCCACAUUUAAAUGUUCCUAAUAGAAUAACUAUAAAAUGCAUAUGCAUGAACAUGGUAGCAAUUGAAAGGGAACACUUUGGAGAUUAUGGGGAAACUAUCAGACCAAAGGUGAGGGACGCAACAGUUCACCUGAUACAAGACUGUUGAUUUUAUGUGUUUUACAUUUACUGUACUUUUCACAGCACUUGUAAAUAACGAAAUCUGAAAAUACUCUUGUUACAUUCAGUAAUAUAAUACGAAUAUUCAUUGACAUUUUGGAGUAGGUGCAAGAUAAGAAAAAACGAUUGCGGUCUAACUGGUGUCUCCAAGUGACCACACACCUCUCCAGACUGUGCACAGUUACUAAGUCAUGUCAAUGCACUUCUUUGACUCAAGGAAAGAGCCUUCAACUAUCAGGUGCUUUUUUGAACUGGUAGCUUUGCCAUUGAGGAACUGAAGUAAGCACACUUGUUUGGAACACAGCCCUGCAUCCCCACCAUCACACACAUUACUGUUGUUUACGCAAUCCAAAAACAUUCCAUUAUAAAUCACAAUCUGGGUCAGGUGGGCAUCAUUUGAAAGCUUAUUCUAUUGCCAACAUGGCUAGCUAAGUUAUAAAAUAUGAUCUUACAGUGUUAGGUUUUCAAAAGGCACUUCAGACAAACAUAUUGACAUUUUAGUGGGCAUAGAAUGGAGUCAUGAGUGUAUUCAAAUGUUCAUCAAACAUAGCGAUCAUAAUCGUUUAUAAGGUAAAUGACAUGAGUUUUCAAAUAUGGGAAUGUAAAGUGCACAUUUGGACUCAUGGGUGUGUGGUUUGCUUGUAUGACAUCAAAGCGGUAUUUAUGAUCAUUUUGAACGUCUCCUCUUUCAGAACACAUCGACUCUUCACGAUUUACAGCAUUUCCUUCACUCAAGACAACAAAUGUGCAAAAGUAGCCCAAUUAGCGGGAGGGAUGGGGGGCGUCUUAUCACGCGGUGCUCAAGUUUAUAACGGCUGUCUGUCAAAACCCACAGCGCUGUGAAGCGGAGAACCUGAGCUCUGACAUAAUGUAUAGCAUGUUACUGUACAGCCACUGCGUUCCAAUUUAGGCGCAUAUCAAUGACACUCUUCCAUUUCAACCCGUAUACGGGAUGACAGGACCUGUGAGUGGAAAGGGAUAUUGCUUUUAUGAUAUUUAAAUUAGUAGGAUAAGGGCCUCUCAUGCAUAAUGUCUGUCUUAUAAUGCUAUGCUCAACUGUAGCCUAAGGUUUGUUCAAAUUUCUCAUUCGAUUUUUCUAUCUUGCUAUUGUUUGUUCUAUCUCUUUCAUUAUUACCUUAGGCCUACCAUGUUUUUAGGUUAUUCAAAUAAAACGUAACUUUCUGAGCUAGAACUCCGUAAGAUUCAUUCAUUGUUUGAUCAUGAAAUAGCACGGUGGGAGAAAUCCAGCAUGCAUUAAACUGAAAGAGUGCCUUAAUAGGCCAAGUCAUAUUCAUAUCAAAUGGAGAGAAAAUAGAAAAUUAGACUUUUAAAACAAUAAGAUACCAGAGUGUCCACUAUACAAAUAGACGUCGGCUAUUGUCCCAGAUCAUCUGACAUUCGAGAGAGAAAAAAACUAAAAUAUAUUUUCUGACCGGACAUUUUGCGCUGCUUUGGUGAAACUCUUAGCUCUGUCUACAUUGUUAUCUUGCAUUCUGUAAAUAUAACAUAUUUAUUGAAAUGGGCUAUAGCCAAUAGCAAUAUAGACAACUUUCUCAGAAUGUCACCCAUGCAAUUCCCUGCUGGCUCUACGUGACUCUGCUCUUUACUGCGCGGCGGCAGUCAAGUUUAAAUAGGCUUGGUAUCGUCUGUCACAUCACGAUGUCGUCACCAUCGACGACGGCUGUCAAUCAUUACAUUUACAUUUACGUCAUUUAGCAGACGCUCUUAUCCAGAGCGACUUACAGGAGCAAUUAGGGUUAAGUGCCUUGCUCAAGGGCACAUCGACAGAUUUUUCACCUAGUUGGCUCGGGGAUUAGAACCAGCGACCUUUCGGUUACUGGCACAACGCUCUUAACCACUAAGCUACCUGCCGCCCCCAAUCAUCCUCGAUAGAGGAUACUAUCGUAAUAUCGCCCAUUCCUAAAGCCAUUUUGUGAUUUAGGUUUUAUAAUCUGCUAAAUAUGUUCUGUUUUAAUUUCAAAAUGUCUAACCCUCCUUCCCCUCUCCUAUCCCCCCCUCUUCUCUCCUCCUCCCGCCCCCCUCCCUUCCUCCUCUACAGCGGGUGUUGCCCCAGGAGCAGGGGGUCUGUCUGGGCCGAUGCAGGUGGUGGACUCCCCUCUCCUCCGUCAGCAGGUGGAGACACAGAGACUGGGCAUCAAACACCUGAAGAACGAGAACAACAGACUCAAGGUCAGAACACUGCAGGGAACUGACUCCUGUGUGUCACUUUUAGUGCCAUCUUCUCCAUUCUGUCCUAAUCAAAAUAUGGAUUCAUUCUUUCUCUAUUAUAAUAAUAAUAAUAUGCCAUUUAGCAGACGCUUUUAUCCAAAGCGACUUACAGUCAUGCGUGCAUACAUUUUUGUGUAUGGGUGGUCCCGGGGAUCGAACCCACUACCUUGGCGUUACAAGCGCCGUGCUCUACCAGCUGAGCUACCAGUAAUGUGAACUGUAUUUUUGCAGAUCAUUGAAGUCUGUUGUAUGCUUCUCUUGAUGUAGUUCAUUGAACAGUCUAUUUAUCAUGAAUGUAUAUUCAUUAGUAGUUAAUUGAAAGUAGUCAGUUCCUUUAUGUAUGUACACUUCUGACUGUAGUUAGCUCUGUGUUGAUGACUGUGUCUCUGUAUAUCUUCUCUCUCCUCCAGGCAGAGAAGAUGAGAGCCCAGCUAGCCUCCCUCCCUCCCCUCCACGUCCCCAAGCUUCCUCUGAGAGAGGCCUCCUCCUCUCCCCCUGCUGAGGGGCCUCUCCACGGGGCUCUCUACAGGAAGACAGACCAGCUCCUGGGGACCCUGCUCAAGAUGAGCGCCGCCGUUAAGGUGGUCGACAUCACCGGGAAGACUCCAGGUGGGAGGGAUGUCGGUGUGUUUGUUUUUGUGUGACAGGAAGACACCAGGUCUGUGUGUGUGUGUGUGUCUGAAGGGUUUUGAGUGUGUAGCGUCGUUUAUAUUAUGUGUUUUUCAGUACGUUUGUAUUUGAGUUGGUACAUAUUAGAUUUCUUAUCUCUUUCUCUCCUACAGUGAGUGCGAGUGCUCAGCUCCUGGACCAGACAGCUCGACUGCAGUCUCUGAGCAACGCUCUGGACAAACUGAAGGUGACCUGAAUUUAUAUGAUCAACCCUAGUAAUAAUCAUAAUAUUUCUCUACACCACAUAGACAGACUUGUACACUAAUCUCUCUAUCAUGGAAAUGGACACGACAACAAAUCUCUUUCCCUCAGGGUGAAGUGUCAGAGCAUGUGGUUUCUCAGCAUCCUGGGGCGAAGAUCUCCUCUGACUUUGCCACCUUCCCCAUUUCCUCCUUCGUCAAGGUAACGCACACACACACAUCAGUCUUAAUAGGCACUCAAACACAUACAAUGCAACAGAUAUCUGGUUUAGGCAUCAGACUGUAUUUGUUGUCCUUUGACCUCCUUUUCUCUCUUGUCCUUUCAGGCGAAGGAGGAGAAGCAGGGGGGUACGGUGUUCGUAGGGCGCGUGGCCAUCCCAUGUGCCAAGGGCCAGGAGCAGGUGCACCGUCUCGUCCUAUCACAGCAGCACCUGCAGCAAGUGCACCGCCUCCUCAUGACCUAA